AUGAACAUCACAUCAGUCUUCGAGAAUGAAAGACAAUGUAUCCACAGGGUGAGGAAAACUAUACUUGUGCAGAUUGCUUUAAGGGAAAGCAUUUCUAGUUUCAGAGUAAAGAAGGUGGCGCCAACUGGAAGCUCCACCACUCUCGCCUGCGGGCGGCCGGGGGUGGAGCUGGUACUUGGUUUCCCGCGGCUGCCAGCCGCGCCCCUCCGCUCCACUGUGCCGCGAGCAGCCACCAGGGGUGCUGCGCUUCCGCGCAGGAGGUCACAAACGGGGUGCCAUGGGUCUGAGCUGAGCAGGGCUCCAGGGCUUCUCCACCUCUGGGGCCAGGAUGCCUCUGCCUGCGGGAGCAUCUGGGCUAGCCACACUUUUCCCCAGGGGCACGCGAUCAGGGUACCCAGCAUCUCUGGACCCCAAGCUCCCCAAGGUCCUUUUCCUUCCCAUGACCACCAAAGCCCGGCACGCCCACUACCACGACCACUAUUUGGGAAUCUAGCUUCCGGAGUUGGCCGCGUUCUUUCCACCCUCGCGGGCGCCAGCGACAUACCUAACCGCACCUCACACCGGGUGCAGGUAGCGCGGCCCCGAACUCGAUACAAAGAGGCCCGCGCCUCCCAGGCCUCGGCCGCUGCCACGCCCGCGCGUGCUCGUGCCCACAUCUCCGGGUCCUCCACGGUGGCUGGACGCGGGGAACCCCUCACUCGGCACGCUCAUUCCCCUUCCCUAGUAUCUGUCAACGCACACAGCGAUCUCCAAAACCCCGCGAUCGGGGCCCUUCCAUCUUCUCCCUCCAGUCCCUCGGCCGCUGCUCGGGCGUCCGGGACCAGCCAGAUCCACUCGCGUUCUCAUCGGUCCCGGCCCCUCCUUUCUUCGGGUCCUCCUCCUCCUCCUCGCCCCUCCCGAGCCGGGGUGGGAGCGGCGGCAGCUGGAAGGGAAGGGAUGAGGUCAUCCUCUCCCUCGGAGUCAGCUGGUGGAGGCGAGGAAGCGGGAGGAGGGAGCGCGCGCGAGGGGAGGAGAGGAAUGUGCAGGUCCGAGGAGCGCCGCGGCGGCCGCUGCUGCUCCUGCUGUUGGCGGCGGCUGCGGCUCGGGCGGCAGCCGCGAGGCCAGGACGGCUGCGAGGAGCGGCGCCUGGGCAGGGAGCAGCGGCGCUACUCGCUGUGGGACUGCCUCUGGAUCCUGGCCGCCGUGGCGGUGUACUUCGCGGACGUGGGCACGGACAUCUGGCUCGCCGUGGACUACUACCUACGCGGUCAGCGCUGGUGGUUCGGACUCACGCUCUUCUUCGUGGUGCUCGGCUCGCUGUCGGUGCAAGUGUUCAGCUUCCGCUGGUUUGUGCACGAUUUCAGCACCGAGGACAGCGCCACGUCUGCCGCCUCCGGCUGCGCUCAGCCAGGAGCGGAUUGCAAGACCGUGGUCAGCGGAGGGUCUGCAGCCGGGGAAGGCGAGGCUCGUCCUUCCACGCCGCAAAGGCAAGCAUCCAACGCCAGCAAGAGCAACAUCGCCGCUGCCAAUAGCGGUAGUAACAGCAGCGGGGCCACCCGGGCGGGCGGCAAACACAGGUCUGCUUCCUGCGCCUUCUGCAUCUGGCUCCUGCAGUCACUCAUCCACAUCUUGCAGCUCGGGCAAAUCUGGAGGUAUUUCCACACAAUAUACUUAGGUAUUCGGAGCCGACAGAGUGGGGAGAAUGACAGAUGGAGGUUUUACUGGAAAAUGGUGUAUGAGUAUGCCGAUGUGAGUAUGCUGCAUUUGCUAGCCACCUUUCUGGAAAGUGCUCCACAGCUGGUCCUGCAGCUCUGCAUUAUCGUACAGACCCAUAGCUUACAGGCCCUCCAAGGUUUCACAGCCGCAGCCUCUCUUGUGUCCUUGGCUUGGGCCCUGGCCUCCUACCAGAAAGCCCUGCGAGACUCUCGAGAUGACAAGAAACCCAUCAGCUACAUGGCCGUCAUUAUCCAGUUCUGCUGGCACUUCUUUACAAUUGCCGCCAGGGUCAUCACAUUCGCGCUUUUUGCGUCAGUUUUCCAGCUGUACUUUGGGAUCUUCAUCGUCCUCCACUGGUGCAUCAUGACUUUCUGGAUCGUCCACUGUGAGACAGAAUUCUGUAUCACCAAAUGGGAAGAGAUUGUUUUUGACAUGGUGGUAGGAAUCAUCUAUAUCUUCAGUUGGUUCAACGUCAAGGAAGGCAGGACACGCUGCAGGCUGUUCAUUUACUAUUUUGUGAUCCUUUUGGAAAACACAGCCUUGAGCGCGCUUUGGUACCUCUACAAGGCUCCCCAGAUUGCAGACGCAUUUGCCAUCCCAGCGCUGUGCGUGGUGUUCAGCAGCUUUUUAACCGGCGUGGUUUUUAUGCUGAUGUACUAUGCCUUCUUCCACCCCAACGGGCCCAGAUUCGGGCAGUCGCCGAGUUGUGCUUGUGAGGACCCCGUCGCUGCCUUCUCCCUGCCUCCAGAGGUGGCCACAAGCACCCUCCGAUCCAUCUCCAACAACCGCAGUGUGGUCAGUGACCGCGAUCAGAAAUUCUCAGAGCGGGAUGGGUGUGUACCGGUCUUUCAGGUGAGGCCCACGGCUCCAUCCACCCCAUCAUCUCGCCCACCACGGAUUGAAGAAUCGGUCAUUAAAAUUGACUUGUUCAGGAAUCGGUACCCAGCGUGGGAGAGACACGUGUUGGACCGAAGCCUGCGAAAGGCCAUUUUAGCCUUUGAAUGCUCCCCGUCUCCCCCAAGGCUACAGUAUAAAGAUGACGCCCUCAUUCAGGAGCGGUUGGAAUAUGAAACUACUUUAUAA